AUGACGAAGACCCCUUUGCACCAAAAACACACAAAGCGGAAGCCCUGGCCAGAAGCCACGAACCAAGGGGGGGCCCCGCUGACCUUUCCGCCGGACGAGAUCUACGGGGACCGGGCGCACCACCCGUGGGCCCGUCAAGUUCAGCAACCGGGGGACCAAGACCAGCCGGAGACGGACGCCGAAACCAGCUCGUCAGCUUCUACCUCGACGACCACAGAGGACGAAGAAGAAGCCACACAAGAACAGCCGCGGCAACAGCAGCCACCAGCAGCCGGAGAGGAGCGGGCCGCAGAACCACAACGACCCCACACGAGAGCAGCCAUAGCGCCUCAGGCAACUCCAUGCGCUAUGAAGGACGACCGCAGGGGGACGACAGGAGGGGGACAAACAGAAGACUCGGCCGAAGCAGAAACAGUGCCAUGGCACGCGCCUCCAUGUGCAGGGGGGCAGGCCCCACAACCUCCAGCGGCCACAGCCCCAGCAGACCCCAGCAGCACCGUCCCAGAGGAGGACAUGCCAGACACCACCACCGAGGAGGAGAUGUGGGGAGAGACCAGGAGGAGAGCGCCACGGCUGGUCGAGAGAGAGGGGAGAGCAAGGCGGAGGCUAGCAAACCGCGAAAGCAGCCCGGCACAAGCAGCCCACCGGCAGCCAGUCAACAACAUGAGCACACCGAGCCCCUUGAAAAAAGCGCGGAGCCAAGCAUUUCAGCUGCUGCGCAGCCAGACAGAAGAGACCAUGGCAGAGUGGGAACAAGCCACGGCAUCAGCAGAUGGGGGGACGCCAGCCCAAGCAGUACAAGCAACCACCAACGCAGCAGCCGAACACAUCCGCACAGCAGAACAACUAGCGAGAAGCAUCGAGCUGCAGGGGGUCGCCGCAUACUUGGGGGGCCCGACCACGCAACUUCAGCUGAAUGAGCCAGGGGGGCAGAUGAGGCCGCAGCAAGCCCUCCCGAGCCCAAAUGCCUUCGAGAUAGCCGCCAUCAUCCGAGGGGUCAUGGCAGACAGGGCAAGUCAAGGAGAUGUACCAGAGGGGGCGAUCGAGCUGCUCGAGUUGCAGGAAAAGUUGCAGGAACUGGUGCAAGCAGGCCAAGCCCUACUGUUGGGGGGGCGUCGGUCGCAAGACUGGACCCGCACGCACCAUGCCACAGAUGCGGCGGACGAUGCGGAGGCACUGCUCCAUGCGACAAUCAAUGCAGGGGGCAUGGGGGACUUGGCGGAGACCACGCUCGGCACCCUCCAGAACCUGCUCAACGCGGCGGCCAACAGGUUCAACGUGCUCGUGGGCAACUACCCGCACAAGACAAACGCCGAAGCGCUGCCAGCGCACCCUGCAGACGUGAUACGCAUUGCAGGGGGGGCGCCAGAAGAGCAAAUGAGGAAGGGGAGAGAGGCCGACGCAGUGCACGUUUACAAAGCAAAGAAGCUCCUCCGGGAGCUGACGCCCUUUCUGUCGGGGGACAUCCGUUGGCGUGUGGAUCAAGCACUGCAGCACCUGGUGCAAUGGACAACAGAGCACUGGGGGGGAAGACGUCGAGGUCGUGGAGGACUCAGAACCAACGAACAGGGGGGCGGCCAGUACCUCAGCACCUUCUACCACCGCUGCGGGGGCUGCGGGGGCCUGCACCAGAGCCUCGAGACCUACUACAACCGCAGCGGGGGAGGCACUAUGCACUGA